AUGAGUUUUGGUAACCAAACCCCCACAAUUGUUGUUCUAAAAGAGGGCACCGAUCAAUCACAAGGUCGUGGUCAAAUUAUUUCAAAUAUUAAUGCAUGUUUGGCAAUCCAAGAAACCUUAAAACCAACGUUGGGUCCUUUAGGGUCAGAUAUUUUGAUUGUAAACUCUCAAGGUAAGACUACCAUUUCUAACGACGGUGCCACUAUCUUAAAAUUAUUGGAUGUUGUUCACCCAGCUGCCAAAACUUUGGUAGAUAUUUCAAGAGCACAAGAUUCUGAAGUUGGCGAUGGUACCACCUCGGUCACUAUAUUAGCCAGUGAGUUAAUGAAAGAAGCAAAGCCAUUUUUAGAGGAGGGCAUUUCUUCCCACAUUAUUACGAAAGCCUAUAGAAACGCAUUGAAUUUGUGCAUCAAGAAAAUCAAUGAAUUAGCCGUAGAUAUCACAGCUUCUGGCACUGAGAAUAAAAGAAAUAGACAAUCACUAGAAAAUUGUGCUCGUACUGCAAUGAGUUCUAAGUUAAUCGCUAACAAUGCAGACUUUUUUAUCAAGAUGGUUGUUGAUGCCGUUCUGUCUUUGGAUCCGAAUGACAUGGAUGAGAAAAUGAUUGGUAUCAAGAAAAUACCCGGAGGGUCUAUGGAGGAUUCCCUGUUUGUUGAUGGUGUUGCUUUCCCAAAGACUUUUUCUUAUGCUGGGUUUGAACAACAACCUAAAAAAUUUAAAGCCCCAAAAAUAUUGAGUUUAAACAUUGAGUUAGAAUUGAAGGCUGAAAAGGACAACGCUGAGGUCAGAGUAGAAAAUGUCGAAGAAUACCAGGCUAUUGUUGAUGCUGAAUGGCAAAUUAUUUUAAACAAGUUAAAACAAAUUGAAGCCACUGGUGCUAACAUUGUUUUGUCAAAACUUCCCAUCGGUGAUUUGGCCACACAAUUUUUUGCCGACAGAAAUAUAUUCUGUGCUGGUCGUGUAUCGGAUGAUGAUAUGCAAAGGGUAAUUAAAGCUGUUGGUGGAAGCAUUCAAUCAACCACCACUGAUAUAGACCCACAAACACAUUUAGGUACUUGUUCUACUUUCGAAGAGGUUCAAAUUGGUUCAGAGCGUUAUAAUUUGUUUAAAGGUUGUCCAAACGCAAAGACUUGUACUUUGUUGCUAAGAGGAGGCGCUGAGCAGGUUAUUGCCGAGGUAGAGAGGUCCUUGCAUGACGCAAUUAUGAUUGUUAAAAGGGCAGUUCAAAAUAAAUUAAUUGUCGCGGGUGGUGGUGCCAUUGAAAUGGAAUUGUCUAAAUAUUUGCGUGAUUAUUCCAAAACUAUUGCAGGUAAACAACAAUUGAUAAUUAAUGGAUACGCCAAGGCUUUAGAAAUUAUUCCAAGACAGCUUUCAGAAAAUGCUGGUUUUGAUGCUACUGAUAUUUUAAAUAGAUUAAGAAUGGCACAUAGUAAGGGUGAAAAAUGGUAUGGUGUUGAUUUUUCCAGCGAAAGUGUUGGCGACAAUUUCAAUACGUUUGUUUGGGAGCCAGCUUUGGUUAAAAUAAAUGCCUUAUCAAGUGCCACUGAAGCAGCUAACUUGAUCUUUUCUGUUGACGAGACCAUUACAAAUAAGCAAAAUGACAGUGGCCAAAUCACUGGUAUGAUGCCACCAGGUAGAGGCAGAGGUGUUCCCAUGCAAUGA